CAGACUCAUAGCAACCAAAUGGAUGUGGAUUCGGACCAUCGCAUUGUUACUUGUUGCUUUGUUGCAUCGCUUCGCGAUUUGCACCUCGCAGCACCCAAAAUCUGUCGCUGCCUGGCGUUGCUGGAAAUGCACAUGGCCAUGCUUCGUGAUGGCUUUUGCUUGUGAACACGAGAGCUGACACCGAUCUUGUCUGGGCUCCAGUCUCUGUUGCGGAGCCUGUCAUCGGGAUCUGAGAUAUGAGUAAUUCAUGAUUGCCUCGGCAAGUCUGAAGCUCAAGUCGCUUGUAAUCUGCUCACAAGCGAGGAGAUAAAUUUGGGUAGGGAACUCGUUGCUAAUCACUUUCGAGAAGACACUGGGAACUGCUUUUUGUAAGCACAGAUGCCAUGAUUUCAGGAUUUGGUCCUCAAUCAGUGUUCGGGUCUGUCAGGGAUCGUUGCUCUCCUCCCAAAUGCCGUUGCGGUCCGUUUAGCUGGAGCCGAAUGUUGUCACUCUGAAGGUUAUGUCUCAUCUACGGUUGGAGCGCUCGCUGAAACGUGUGUUUCAUUCGGGAGAAGUUUUUCUUGGCCAGUAAGCGACUGCAAGCUGUGUGCUUCACGAGGUUUGAUAGCUGUGGUGGAUAUUUUGGGCCGAAGCGGGUUGAAAGAAGUGCAGUGCCCUGCUCUUGCUCUUUAGCGUGUAAUGCAACAGGGUGACAAUGUUUAGCCAAUGGAUCACUCAAUAAACUAUGAUCGGAAGUUUAGAGCUUCGAGUGGCCGUGUGAAGGAUGCAACAGAGUCAUGGGCACAACAAUCUGCAACUCGGAAACUUCUUCCACGGUUUGACACAAUGCGGUCUUCUCUACGAUACUCUUCCUCUCCGUCACGAGUUAGAUACUCGUUCAAAAAUGGAAAGGCUAUGGAUGUGAUGAAGAAGGUCACUCAGCUGUCCUGCAGGUUGGCGACAAUUGAGCGCAAAUGGCUCGUACCCCUUGUGGCUAGCAUCAUAACUUCCAUCAUGCUCCUAUUUCUGGUGGCUUUCAAAGUAGGAUCAGGGGAGCAUCACUCUUCGGGGGACUCUAUCGUUCCAAUUAUACCAGCUAGGGAUGGUACUCAAUCUCAGAAUGUUGUGGAAUCCAUUGCCCAGGAUCCCACGGCGGAGUUGCCGCCUCCUCCAAGGCUCGCAUAUUUGAUUUCGGGUACCAAAGGCGAUGGCUUACGAAUGCAGCGAACGCUGCAAGCGUUAUAUCACCCUUGGAAUUACUAUUUGCUUCACUUAGACCUUGAUGCUCCCCCUAGAGAGCGUUUAGACCUGGCUCGAUAUGUGAAGAACGAGGUCGUGUUCAAAGAGGGCGGAAAUGUAUAUGUCGUUGGGAAAACAAAUCUCGUCACAUAUCGAGGGCCAACCAUGAUUGCUGCGACGUUGCAUGGUGCUGCUAUUUUGCUUCGGAAAGCCAAGGACUGGGACUGGUUCAUCAAUCUGAGUGCAGCCGAUUAUCCCCUUGUGACUCAAGAUGAUCUCCUUCACGUCUUUUCUUACCUGCCUAGGGACCUAAAUUUCAUCCAACACACAAGUGACAUUGGCUGGAAAGAGUUUCAGAGAGCAAAACCUAUUAUUAUUGAUCCUGGAUUAUAUCAGAACAAGAAAACUGACAUUUUUUGGGCAACUCAGAGGCGGGCGUUGCCAACCGCAUUUCGACUGUUCACAGGCUCAGCAUGGUUUGCACUCACGCGUUCGUUCAUGGAGUAUUGCAACUUGGGUUGGGAGAAUCUCCCACGAACUUUACUUAUGUAUUACACAAAUUUUGUAUCAUCGCCUGAAGGUUAUUUUCACACAGUUCUCUGCAACGCUCAGGAGUUCCGCAACACGACUGUGAAUCAUGACCUUCACUACAUCAAGUGGGACCACCCGCCCAAACAACACCCCCUUUCUCUGACGCUGAAAGACAUGGAGAAUAUGACCAUAAGUGGAGCAGCUUUUGCCCGAAAGUUUGACAAGGACGAUCCAGUACUGGACAGAAUUGAUGAGACGCUAUUGAACAGGAAGAAGGGCCAAUUCACCCCAGGUGGUUGGUGUAUAGGUAGGCGACAUGCAACAGACCCAUGUGCUCUGCGAGGCAACCAUAGCUUGUUACGGCCUGGUCCUGGUUCACGCAGGUUUGAAAAUCUUGUUGUGCGGAUGCUGUCUGCGGAGUCAUUCCGGACGCAGCAGUGUGCGAGUGUAUAAGUGAUAUUGAUGUGGAGCAGGGCUACCCGAAUUUGUAGCCCCGAAUUUGGCUUCAUUUACUGUAAGCAUCUUUCUACUGCAGGUGUUGUGCUGUGACUGAUCGAGCGGCCAACAGUUCCUCUUUUUUCUUAUAGAAAGAGGUUUGCGUUGUGUGCACAUAGUGCUCAAUGCUUUUUGUUUCGUUGCAUAGUAUGCAUUAGUUCCAUCAUAUUUAAAUACCAAGGCAGGAAAAGAAAAUACCUACUGCAAGGGAAAGUAUGCAGUUCAAAUGUCACGCUUACGAUGGCAGGAGAUGGCAACUGUAGAUUAGACCUUUCCAGAAACCGUUGAAUCGAAUGGAGCAUGUAAUAAUCCCCAUAAUUCCAACCUUCUAAAUUCACACAGUUCCUCCUGUGGAAGCAGUCUACAUUACCCCAA